UAAUAAUAAUAUUUCACUGUUUUUACUAUAUUUUUGAUUAAAAAAUGCAGCCUUGGUGGCCAUAAGAGACUUCUUUAAAAAAAUCUUACCCCAAACUGUAAGUGUGCAUACAUACAUAAAAUAACCAUGUGAGCGUGCCUCAAUAUUAAAGCCAUUUGAAUUUAAUCGCAUGGACAAAAAGCACUUUUAAUUUUUCAAAAUAUUGUCUUUUGUGUUCCAAAGAAGAAAGAAGGUCAUACAGGUUUGGAACGACAAGAGUAAAUGAUUUUUGAGUGAACUUCUCUACCUCUAACAACGAAACUUUGGUGGGUGGGGGUUCAUUUUGAAACUAGUACAGGAUUGGCCAUUCAUACUCGGCCUGCCUAAUCUUUCUACAUCUGAGAAGGCAAAUUACUUCUAGACAAAUAUAGGUUGUUAGACUGUUUCCCCUCUAUUCAUGUCCUACAGUUGUUUGUACAAUUCUAAAUGAAGAAGUUUAUUCCCAUUGCAAACACUCUCCCACCUUAUCGUCAUAAUUGCCUGACUAACACAGUGACCUCAGGAUGUUCUUGGCUGGCCUCACAAAGUAUUACUGUACAUGUGUACAGACUGUGUUAUAGAAACUAUAAACAACUCUUUACAAAAGCUCUUUUUCCCCAUUAAUGUUUUAGCAGUGUGCAUUCAACAGUAACGGACCUCAGUUCUUUCUGGACAUAAAGAGGAGCCACAUGAGGUCAUGAGUGAGUGAGUCUUUCCGUAAAUACACUAUAGCCAAAUGAGCCUUGUACACUGCAGAGAAGAAAUAUUCUAAUAAAUUACUUUAUGUGGACUCACAGGUUCACUUCCCUUUCACAGUAGAAAGUAUCCACAGUUUUGUUAGUGUAGGCAAAGGGAUCUUGGUUCAGUUACGAGGUAAGAAACACCUUUAACCAUGGUUUAUUUCACCAUCUAUGUGAAUUACUGCAACACCAGCAUUUAACUUGUCCUAAAAAUGGACAUUACACAUUAUCACAGAUUGUAAAAUUUCUGGCCCAUCUUAAACAUAACAGACCAUAAACUAAGUUCAACUCAAAGCAGAAGUUGCUGUGUUAUUCUGGUAAAACAAAACAUAUGAUUUAUCUCUUACAUAUGUUGUUUCUGUUCUAUUUUAAAACAUUUAUUACUUCUCUUGCUAAAGCUGACCUAGUCAGUAUGUAACAAGAAAUAACCAAAACUAAACAAAACUAAUGGCAAAAAUGUACAAUAAGGUGUAAGGUCCCAUUUUGUAAUGUUAGUUCUGUCAUGACAACUCUCGGAGGCCUUUUUUACUGUCAUGUUUGGUCUUGGCAGAAUAGAUAUGCUACUGCCAAUGUAUACACAACACGCUGCUGUGAGCAAGUAAGACAUGCUGCUGCUGUACAAUAUAGCAUACAUGAAUUACCCAUAGCAGAUCAAUACAGGUGGAGCUGGGGAAGAUGGAGGGAUUCUGAAAGCUUUCUGCACUGCUAAGGCAAAUGCUACCCAAGUAUUUUAAAGAUUGAGCAAGCAAGCUUAUUGGCUACAGAUACAGCAGGAACCAAUCAGCUGUGCCCUAUAGAUAACAAUGUGAUUACGAGCAGGUUGAGUUAAAGGACCUAUUAGCCUACGCCAUCUAGAGUUUCAUGACAGAACUUUGUAUUUUAUGCAUUAACUAACAAUGAGCAAUACAAUUGUUAAGGUAUUUAUUAGGUUAAGUAAUAAAAAUACAACUGUUUUUUGUUUAUUUUAGCUCAGGUUCAUUAAAUAAUAUUAACAUACAACUUUUGAUUUUAGUUCUGUAUUAUAAAUGUUGAAAUUAACAUGAACUAAAAUGAAUAAAUGCUUUAGAAUUAGGCUAUUUUUCAUUGUAAGUUAAUGUUUACUAAUAUAGAUUUAUUAUGAAGUGUUACCAGUAAAAUAAAGUGUUGCUCAUAUAAUUAACAACAAAUAUUCUUCAUGUAAACUAGUUUGACCUUAUUAUGCUAUACAAAAGAAGGUCAUCAGAUCAUCUGUCCAACGUAUAAACUAAAACCUCAUUAAAAGCAAUGUAAACUAGUUGAUUACAGAACAAUUAAGCUAAUUACAUUCUGUUUACAAAUAAAAUCAAGCAAUAAUGAACAAGCAGUAAUAAGGUCAUUAUACUCACUAUAAACUCUAGUUUGGAGGGAGUUACUUAUAACAGAUGUGAUGGUGUCAGGUCUAUUUAUUUGAACCCCAUAAGACACUACACAUAUGGCAGAGGACAUCCUGAUCAGCUUACAACCACUUUAUUAUUUAUGAUGUGGUUGGACAAACCCAAGCAGCACCUCCGCAGUCUCAUUUAGCUUUGAACAGGUAGUGAUGUUGCCACAGCCAGUACCGAGUCAAAUUCGAACUACUGUGAAUGAACAUACAAAGUAACGAUAUGCUCAAGCUGCGGUGAACUACAGUCAUGUUUGCGGCAGCAACUAAGAACUUUGUGAAGCAGGUAGGGGACACUGGACGGCUGGUCCAUGUGCCCAGUCUAAGUGAAGCGGACCGAUAUCAACCCCUCAGCCUGGUGACGAGGAAGAGAAGACGCCAUUUCUGGAAGAAGACCAAAUAUGCCACUACCCCCUUCUCACUGAAAGACAUACUCGUGGGAGAGAAAGAGAUCACAGCAGGGGUCUCCUCAUAUCAGCUCCUGAACUAUGAAGACAAGUCUGAUGUUUCACUAAAUGGGCGUUUGGGCAACCAUCUGAUCCACGAGGUGGGAGUAAACGUGAGUGGUUCAGACUCAGUGGCGGUAAAGGCCUCCUUUGGAAUUGUGACCAAGCAUGAGGUGGAGGUUCCUACAUUACUGAGGGAGCUCAAUGCAAGGAAAGUGGACUUGGAUCACUGUUUGAUCCGUCAGUCCAAAGAGAGUGGACGCACGAUCCUGUGCGUUGUCAUGGAGAGUAUCCGCACCACACGACAGUGUUCCCUCACCGUCCACGCUGGAGUCCGUGGAACUACCAUGAGGUUCCAGAUAGACGAUGGUCGAAAUCCUAAAGGGCGAGAUAAAGCCAUUGUUAUUCCAGCCCACACGACCAUAGCAUUCAGUGUGCUCGAGCUAUAUGUGCGUCUCGAUGGACGUCUUGACAUAUGUGUAGCACCGGAGUCAAUGGGAGGGUUUGAGAGGGAACAGAUACGUGACCAGCUCGGGGGAUACAUUGGCCGCUUUUCCUUUGGAAGACUCAGGAGAUUCCUGUCGGGAAUCAUCUAUGGGAAUCCUUUCAGAGCAGAUGACAGGACGUUUGAAGAGCUCACUCACUCUGAUAUGUACAUGGACGAUGUCGUGACGGACUACUACGAGAAGGCUGCCAGCAUGACUGACCUGUCCACGGCCUACCUGCGGGAUGAGAAGCACAUACGUGUAAAUCUACUCAACCAUAACAUACCUAAAGGGCCGUGCGCCCUGUGUGGCAUGGGGCAUCAGAAGCGCGAGACUGUCUAUGGCUGCCUGGAAUGCUCUUCGGGGGGACACAAAUACGUCCGCCUCCACGCUGUACCAUGUUUUGACCUCUGGCACAAAACCUUGAGGUGAGAAAGGGCUUGGAGGAACUCCCAGGGUGAUUUUAAUGCAGCCCUUGUGCAAUAUGACCACAAGAUGUAAAACCAUCAUCUUUAAUUUUGGCAAAAACACAUUUUAAGAAAGCAAGAAUGUUCUUUGCUCAUUGACAUUGUAAACCAAUGAUUUCAACAAAUUCUAAAGAGUUUGACUUCAAUCUGAUGAUUUAUUAGGUGAUUGGUUUAAUGGUUUAUAUUUUCCUUGUUUUGUCACAAAUUCAGCUGUUUGAAUGAGUAUAUUAUUAUAUCCGUUGCAUCUUAGUUGUUAAAUAAUAAUUAGGUCACACUUUACAUUACACUCCUAAAAAUAAAGGUUCUUUAUAGCCAUCUAUGUUCCAUGUAGAACCUUUAACAUCCAUGGAACCUUUCCAUUGCACUAAAGGUUCUUUAUAAUGGAAAGAAGUUCUUUAAGGGGAGUUUACACAACACCAUUUGAAGUGAAAAAUAGAAAAUAUUAUGCAUUUUGGCCAUUCAUUUACAUGACAAUGGCAUUUUGGGAGCCUGAAAACAUUUCAAACUUUUGAAAUGGGUUUCAAAGCGCAAGUUUUUGAAAACAAUACUGUUAGUGUCUCUGUGUAAACUAAAAAAACGUACAUUCAUGAAAACAGCAAAGCCACUUGAAGGCAACCCUAGCCGGAAAAAGUGUGACUCUGUUUUUUAAUGGAUGUCAAUGGAGGAGAGGCUUCACUAAGCUGAAUAAACUGCUUUCGUGAGGAAAUAUCAUAUAAUUUAAUGAAUCAACAGCCCAUCGGCUAAUCUUCAACAUUUUUGCUCUUACGAAAUUCAAUGACGUCAAGACUGUAAUGUAAUUGGUUAUCAAGGCACAAUCAUAGUUAGCUGUUACGAUUUCUCACGUUCUUCCCACGGACCCUCGUAUCUCCCAAUAAUAAGACCACCUCUGGAAAACGGUGACGUCAUGCACGCGUAUUGCAUGGUCAGUCUAUAGUGGUGGAACUAUGAUGUCACUUUGUAGGCCAGUCGGCAGUUAGCAUAAUCCCCCAAUAUUUUUUUCCCAUAGGCUUUUGGAUGAUAAAAUAAGCUCUGUGAUAGACAAAAGUGUAUGAUACUUACACGUUUUGUCCAGUAAGAUCAUUUUCACAGAUGAACACAACUUUUAUGAAGCCUAUUUUGAAGCCUAUAUGCAGUUGCCAGAAGUAAAAAGCUAAACGCAGGUUAUAAACAAACUACACCACAGUCGCACAAUUUCAACAUUGCCACUUCUAAGCUUCUGACAACUCUUUCAGUUUUUAUAUAAAAACAUUUUCCCUGAAAGUUUGAGUUAGAAUAGUUUAUAAGAGCACAGUUAUAAGCAUAACAAAGCUGUAAAAGCAGACCGAGCUUACCUAUUUGGCGUGAUGACGUUUAAUAUCGCCGACAGCCUAUGUAGUCCCAUUUAGCCACUUGUUAGCAACCGCCUUUUUCAAGACAUGUAACAGCUUAAAAAAUCACGGGUAGGUUAAUACUGAUGUAUUUUGUCGUAUAAUAAAAUGUAAAAGUAUAUCGAGUUUGUGUUAACCAUGGAUCUUAUUUCAGCCAUUUAACCAAAAACCCUUUGGGAGGAUGGAACCAGAAGUGCUAAAAUGCUAACUCGCUUCCGGGUUUUGGCCUAUAAAAAUGCGUCAUAGUUCGUAGCCCCGCCCCUUUUCAGCGCUCUUUUGACUUCCAGUUUGUAUUUUCCAUCUUACUUAUUUAUGAAUUAACUGCUCGUUUUAAAAUCUUCCCUGUCUACUGACAUUUGUUAAGACAUCUGCUUUAAACAUAACAAUGCUCAUGAUAACUGUUGUUAACUCUACAUUAAGUAAAUCCACUUCACCAGCUAAUUACUCUUUGACAGCGAUGCCAUAGAAAUAUACAGGGCUACCGCAAAAUCGGAAGUUCAAAGACAAAAUUCUAAAGAUGGCUGUGCACACGUUUCUCUGCCGCAUAAGGUCUAUAGAGGGUGGGCUUUCUUACAAAGUGACAUCGCCAACUACUGGCCUGGCAUGCAUAAUACAAUGUUUUUAGUCAUCUUCACGUAUCUUCACGAUCUUUUUGAGAAUGUUGCCACUCAAUUGUGAAAAACGCUUUAAUUUUUAGUACACCUUUGUUGUGUAAACGUACCCUAAGAUUAUUAGAAAGUUCUUCACAAUAAAAAUAAAAAAUGGUUCUUUUAAGAACUUUUAACUGAAAGGUUCUUUGGGGAACCAAAAAUGGCUGCAGAAAUGCCAUUUUGGAACCUUUAUUUAUAAGAGUGAAUGUGUCUUUAACUACUGUAUGUACUUACAUAAAAAAAAAAUAUAAUAAUAAUAAUUGUUAGGUACAAUGUACUAUUUAAUUGUAAUUGUAAUGUUGUGUUAAUGUUGUAUUGCAAAACCCUUUCGCUGCUGUUGAGGUGGGAUACGGGUAAGUUUAUGAACAGGCUGUGUACAUAAUAACUGCAUUGUAUCAAAUGAUUAAUUUAUAUGUUAGUACAUAGUAGUUACAGAUACUUAAUAUAAAGUGGGACCAAUAAUUACUAUCUAUACUGAAAAAUUGUGUGUUUCCUAAUGGGAAAACAGUAAAAUACACAUAAUUCAGUAUAUUAAUAAUACAAACUGAAAUAGACUGAUCUUAGACACAAAACUUGGUGCUAAAUUAUGUAUUGCAUUGUUUACAAUUUGUCCAUAAUGUUCAUUUAUAUCAGUUUUGAAAUGGCUCUUCUUACUGUACCCAGAUACAAGUGGGCAAGAUAAGAGAUACAUUAGGGCAGAUAUUUGUUUCAUCACGUGAAGACCAGCUGCUGUGUUUUCCGAACACACUGGGCCGUCUAAAUAAUUCAGGCUUAUCAAUAAAUUAGCCCGUAGGUCACGUGAUGACAGAGCAGGAAGUGCAUCACUGACAGUUGUCUCCUGUGAACAGUACACCAUGGAACUGUUUCCAGAUAGUGUGUGAAGUGAGGGCAAGGAGAGUGCAAGGUUACAUUUGUGUGCUUAUUUGACACCUGUUGGCCCUACUGAUUAGAAUAGUGUAAUGGAUGGAAAAAUAUAGGCCUACCUUAAACUUGUUGACUGUAUAGAAUGUCGAGAGCGCAUAUUAAAAGACUGCCUGAAAUAUUUUCCAUCUCUGUUCACAAUGUUUACAAUAAAAAUAGAUUUUAAAUGUUAAGUGAAUAUUACAAUAUUCAAUAAAUAUAAAUGAAAAGUUUGGUGUCAGUA